AGAGAGUUUUAAUGGGUCUAUAUAUAUAUAUUAUAUAUUUAGACAAACAUUGACAUCGAACCAACGAAAAAACGUUUAUUUGUGAAAAUAUAUUUUGUUGAUUUUCGACAGAACAAAAGACAAAAUGGCAAUGAUAACAGACCAGAGAUUGAAAGAAAUGGAAGAGGAAAUGAGUCGAUUUGAACAAGAAAUAUUGACUCCAAAAGGUCAGGGUUCGAAACCACAUCCUAUGAUAAUAGGAUCAAGAACUUUCACCAAUGUUCAAGCCAGGAUAUCAGCAGAUCCCCCUUCUGUUGGCCAACCUCCUCCUCCACCCUUGAGAAAGCCCAGUGGACCACCUACAGCUCCACCAGGGAGUAAGCCUGCAGGACCACCAUCAGUAUCCUUACCAGCUUCAGUGUUGGCAGCUCCCCCACCACCACCUCCUGCCUUACUACCAAAACCAAAGGAUAAAUCAGACAUGCCUCCAUUAGCCCCUCCUCCUCCCCCUCCACCAGCAAUCAGACCUGCAUUUGUUCCCCAUCAAGUCAGACACCGACCUCCUCCACCAAGGCUACCGCCACACAGGUUUGGACCACCUGGGCCAGGACCAUAUUAUGGACCUCCAGGAGGACCUGGACCUCAUGGUUUCCCAGGACCCCAUGGACCUGGACCCUAUGGCCCUGGACCACAUGGACCAGGUCCUGGGCCCAUGCCUCCUUAUAGAGGACCUGGACCAAUGGGUGGACCAGCCCCUCCAGGUCCAAUUGGACCAGGCUAUGGAUUCAGUGAUGGUGUUCAGCAUAUGAUGGCCAAUGAAGGCAGUGGUAAUAGUAUCAGUAGUGGACCUACAGUACCACUUAAGGAUGAAAAACCUAAAAUGGUUAUUUCAGCAGGUCCAGUUAUAAAUAAGCCAAAGUCAGAAAAAAGGAAAAAAAAAGACAAGAAAGCAAAACUGUUGGAGACGACAGUUACAGAAACAACCACAACAGUUACACCUGCAGAAACAGGGCCCAAAGUUGUAGCUGGUCCAACAUUACCUGUAGAAUUUCAGGCGGAAGAAGCUAUUUCUAUGGAAACAGAAGUGGAAGAUAGUGGUAAAAAGAAGAAAGACAAAAAGAAAAAGUUUAUAAGAACAGCUGCAGGACAGAUAUGGGAAGAUCCAAGUUUAGAGGAAUGGGAUCCAGAUGAUUUUCGUAUGUUUUGUGGAGAUUUAGGAAAUGAAGUAACAGAUGAAUGUUUGGCUAGAGCGUUCAGUAAAUAUCCUACAUUUGUCAAGGCUAGGGUGUUACGAGACAAAAGAACAAAUAAAACAAAAGGUUAUGGAUUUGUCAGUUUCAGGGAUCCCCAAGAUUUUGCCAGAGCAAUGAGAGAAAUGAAUGGAAAAUACGUUGGAAAUAGACCUAUCAAGCUCAGAAAAAGUAACUGGAAAGAUAGAAAUAUAGACAUUGUACGAAAAAAGGAAAAGGAAAAGAAACGUUUGGGACUUAAAUAGCAUCAUAUGUAUUGUCAUCUUUUAACACUGGACACAGACUUAAAAAGCAUCAAUUGUAUUGUCAUCUUUUAAAACUUUACUCUGGUCAGAAAAAAUAUCAAUGUUUUGUAAUUAAUCAUUCAUUAACUUCAUGGCAGAAUGUAAGGGGAAUGAAAGUAGUAAUGAUAUUGUAACAAGACAAAUAGGUAACAUGUGAGACCUUAUGUUUGUUUAUGCAACCAGGUAUUUUACUUAAGUAAAGAAUAGAUUCUAUUUGGUUUGAUGAUUUCUGCCCCAUUACAUGAUCCCCUUUACUUUUAAUGUGAUGUAAAGGACUAAAUUAACAAUUUUACUUUUGUGUCAUGCAUCUGGACAAAAAGAGUUAUACAAUGAUACUUCUGUGAUUUGCAUGGUGAGCUCACUGGAUUUUCUUCCAUACUGUACCAUUUAUGCAAGAUAACCUAAAUUCAUGGUGAAGAAAUAUAAACAAUAUUAUAAAAUCUUAUCGUUAGUGCAUCAGUGACAAUGCACUGAUUAAUAGGCUUAAAUGCUAAUCUGACAUUGCUAUAUAUAAAUAUUGAUGACUUUAAUAAUGCUAUUUUCUUAACCGUCCAUUGCAUUACAUUGUUUUCAAGGAACAUGUUGUUCUUUCGAAGGAGAAAUUAGAUGGAAGGGUAAAAAUAAAUUAGCUUUAUUCUGAA